AUGACCGAUCAAUCAACGUUAAAGCCUCAUGUUCCAACGUAUGGACCAUGUUCAAUACGAGAUUUAAAACCAGGUGAAAUUAAAUUAUGGUGUACUUGUGGUUUAAGUAAAAAACAACCAUGGUGUGAUGGUUCGCAUACUGGUACUUCGUUUCGUCCUCUUAAAUGGAUCGUACCUGAACAUGCUCAAACAGUUUAUUUAAUAUGUGCAUGUAAAUAUACGAAACGGUCGCCAAUUUGUGAUGCAACUCAUAUUGGUCUAACAAGUACUAUUCGUGAACAAAUUGAAGGAUGUCCAUUAAAACAAGAACAUUCGAAUAUCGGAGAUAAAAAACUUUGUGAACAAUGUGGUUUUGUACCAGAUUGGUAA